AUGUAUAUUAAAGGCGCAGAGAACAGUUCUGAAAUCACCCACGUUGUUCAACGUUUUGUGGGACUCUCGUCAAACAGCGGAGAGGGCAGAACGACUACAACUGAUAACCUUGAAGGCCAACGAACGACCCCGUCCAGACGGAACGUUCCAUCCCUUGAUUCCCUCCACUCCACUGCUGCAGAAUACCCCGCACAUAUCAGAACGAUUGAGAACAGGCUUGAUCGCUCUCAACACCACUAUACCACUCUGCAUAAGUUCUACCCCCUCUGGCACGCGAUCUUGGAACACUGGUUUCCCUCUACCCAAGGAUUCACGAUUUCUCAAGAUUGGGAGCUCCCCUCUCUCGAUGACGGUGCUACACCAUCUUUCUGUAACUCACUUUACGCCUCCUUGGCGGUUCUUUACGAAGGAUCUCCGCUCGUCCUUGUCCAGCUUCACCCGCCCAUGAGCCCUUCGUCGGAGGGUGGCGUGAGUCGGACUUCCGGGUUCUUCAGUCGAAGGGGAGGUUUAAAUGACUCGGAGAACGGUGGGUAUGAUGCUCACUAUAACCUGGCGUAUCACUCGAGGACCGAGAUGCGGAAAUUGGGGAAUGCGUUGUUUGAUAGGGCGUCCCUGUGGAGUGGACAUCAUUCGUUGUGUGUGAUUAGUGCUGCGGGGUGUUAUUGGAGUGGUGUGAUUAGGUCGACGGAGAUGAGGAGUGUGGAUGUUCUAAGGGAUCUUUCUGGAGACUUGGGAGGUGAUUCUGGGAUGUGGAGGGAUGGAUGGAUGGAAGCGGAGGGGUGUAUGGGUCCUGUUGAUGAUUGGUUUGGGGAGUGGGAUCAGGAGGUUACGGGAGUUGAGUCGUUUGAGGUUAUGGAACAGUGCUUUAGAUCGUUGAAACGUGGAUUGCCUGUGAAUUGA